AUGAACUGGAAUCCGGCAUCCGUUACACUAAUCCAGGCCUUGGAGGUGGCUACAAACGAUGCAAUGGGCCUAAUCAAGGACUUGGAUGGCCGCUUAGAUCGAGAGCUCGGUAUAUCCGCAAACGAAAGUCUUCAUAAAUGGGCGGAGACGUUCUUGUCCACAAUCAAGAUAGAACAUGAAAGGCGUCGCUACAACACCCUGCAAGCUCUACGUGGCGAGGCCAUCUGGGCUCGUUUGACGGACACCUCUAUUGUGAAGAACGAUUUCACGGAGGCGGCGAUGCGUGCUUCUCAUUUCCGCCGUCAGAUAGAUGAGGUUAUCACGCAGGCAAUUUGCGACAUGCAGCCUUACAUCGAGAGCACAGGAUGGUGGUCCUCCCUUACUAUCAGUGUUGAUCAGCUCCGUGCCGUCUUGGUGGGACUAGAGGAACGGGAGAAGGCGCUAUCUGAGAUUUAUACCAACAUGGAGAAGUAUAUCCAGUUUCUCGAGCAGCCUGAGGAUCAAUUCGAAGCUGCCAUCAACCCAGUCGAUUCCGACAUGGAUGACUCCCACAGACGCACUAUGUUCCGUAUCUGUAACCAACUUUCCUCACUACGUCAAGAGCGUUUCGACGCCGCCGCAUUCAUUUUCUCUGCCUUCGAUUAUGCCACAGCUUCGGGUCCCACCGGCAUGAGCUGGGAAGAAAUCGGCGAGAUAAUGCGGUCCAUACAGGACCUACAAUCUCAUCUGGUGGCGACAGGCCAGGUCCAAGCGAUGCUCAUUGUGGAAGCGAAGCAGCUCAGAGAACAUGCCAAGAUGGCACCACAUUUCUUGCCGCACGGCAACGAUGGCAAUGUGGCAGUCGAGGAUUUGCUGUUGGUGAAGGACAUGUACACCAGGCUCCAGUGCCGUCUUAUCGAUCUGUACCAGGCAAGUAAUCCUACUUCCUGA